AUGGACGACACGUCGUCACAUCGCCCGCUGGGCGCGCAGAUCGGCAAGCUCUCGUGCGGCACGCAGCGCUGGAUGAGCACGCCCUCCUCGGCGUCGGCGUCGUGGGCGAGCGCAAGCAGCGCCGCAACCAGUGCUGGCGCCGACGCGUGGAAGCAGGCCUCGUCGUUCUUCGUGCGCAAGUCGGACGAGCGACUGCCGCUGCUGGCCGACCUGGAGGCGGGCUCCCUCGGCUCCGUCGCAAUGCGAGUAAUGGGGCGAGGCGGGAUGGGCCCGCCCGCAUCGCGGCUGCAGUAUUGGUGCCGCUGCUGGUGCCUGCCUGCCCUCUCAUAUCGGCAGCGCAUCGUCGGUGCGGCCUUUUGCUUCGUAUCGGGCCUGCUGCUCCUCGGCUCCUCGCUCCUCUCGCUCACCUCGCUGCUCCUCGGUAGCCCGGGCCCGUUUGCAGUGAAAUACACACUGGGGAACCUGCUCUCGAUUUGCGCGAUCGGCUUCCUUGUCGGAUGGGGCAAUAUGUGCCGCUUGAUGUGCUCGAGGGAGAGGCGGGUCGCGUCGCUCAUCUACCUCCUCUCGCUGUGCGGCACGCUGCUCGCCGUGCUGCGGCUGCAGUCACAGCUACUAGUCACGUUUGCUGUGCUCGUCCAGCUCGGGGCGCUCGCUUGGAGCGGCGCCUCGUAUUUACCCUUUGGCCAGCGCACGCUCCGCCUCUGCUUCAAGUCGUUCUGGGAGCAAACGAUUCCAUAG